AUGGCCAGCCCGGCACGACCAAGCAGCAUAUCUGCUGCGUCGUCUACCCAUAUGCAACCAUUGACCAAGGCCUCUGCCGCGGCACCCAAGCUUGACAGCAACAUGGAGAUGGGGAGCAUACAGAACGAGAGCGCGGGAGCGGCAACUGCUGCGGCUGCUCCGCCUGCGCCCGAGGACGACAUUAUGCAGUAUGCUCGUACCGGCGACGUGCCUGCGAUGGAAAGACUUUUCGAGUCGGGAGAGUCUGACGCUACCUAUGCCGACGACGAAGGAAUCACACCUUUGCACUGGGCAGCAAUUAACAACCAGUACGCAAUGUGCAAAUUCCUCAUCGAUCACGGCGCCGAAAUUAACAGAAAGGGCGGCGAAUCCGUCGCAACGCCCCUGCAAUGGGCCGCCCAGCGAUGCCACUACUACACCGUCAACCUACUCCUCCAGCACGGCGCCGAUCCUCUCAUCACCGACUCCCAGGGCUACAAUACUCUUCACAUCUCUACGUUUAACGGUAAUGUGCUGCUCCUCAUCCUCCUGCUGCACCAGGGCAUCCCCGUCGACGUCGUGGACAGCUACGGCCACACCUCGCUCAUGUGGGCGGCCUACAAGGGCUUCCCACAGUGCGUCGACGUCUUCCUGCGCUGGGGCGCCAGUGUGCACGCGACCGAUGAGCAAGGAUUCACGGCACUGCACUGGGCUCUCGUCAAGGGGCACCCAGCGUGCAUCCUUAAAGUCGUCGAGUACGGCGCCGACCGCUUCGCCAAGACGGAUACCGGCAAGACGCCGGCGGUUACCGCCAGCGAGCUGCACACGGAGAAGGCAUGGCAUCGAGCGCUGAAGGAAUGUGGCUUUGACGAGGAUGGAAACCCUUCGAUGCCGCCGUGGCCCGGCGCGUCCUACUUUCUAAAAGAUAAGCGCACAUUCUUGACGAGGUUUCUUUUCCUCUGGCCGUUUUUGCUGGUAUGGUCGGGUUUGAUGACGUUGUCGCAUACGCCUGUAUAUUUCGGCAUUCCGUCUGCGGUUCUUAUUGGGUAUGGGAUCACGUUUUGCGCGCAGCAAGUGCUGGAAUAUGCGCCGUCGGACAUGCGCCACUUUCAUAAGACACCGUGGAUGGCUGGCAUCUUUGCCGGCUCGCUGUUCCUUGUCGCUGUCAACUGGUUCUUCACCGUACUGCCGUAUACCAUGUUCAGGGCCGAGACGACGCACCCUCUGUUGAACGUCAUCUUUGGCGUGUGCAUAUCGCUCACCACCUUUUUUUACGCUGCCUGUAUGCGUUACGACCCCGGAUAUGUCCCCAAGAUGAACGGCAUUGCCGAGCAACGUGCUGUCAUCGACGACCUGCUCAAGACGUGGAAGUACGACGAAACCAACUUUUGUGUUACGUGCAUGAUUCGUACGCCUCUGCGUAGCAAGCAUUGUCGUCGAUGUCAGCGCUGCGUGGCCAAGCACGACCACCACUGUCCCUGGGUCUACAACUGUGUCGGUGUCAAUACCCACCGCCACUUUUUCUUCUAUCUCGUUUCCCUCAGCAUCGGCAUCCUUUUCUAUAACUGGCUGCUCUGGAACUACUUUAGCAGCAUCUCUGCCAACGCAUCGGAUCAAUGCAACGUCUUGAGCCCCAGCCUCUGCAAGAUGGUGAACGCCGACGCCUACACGCUACUACUCGGAGCCUGGAUCACGCUGCAGCUGACGUGGGUGUCCAUGCUCGUCGCCACACAGCUCAUCCAAGUGUCGCGCGCCAUGACAACCUAUGAGAACAUGAUGGGCAUCAGCACUGGCCAGAACGCUUCCACGGCAUUCACCUCGACCGGCGCGCCGCUCGACCCCAACCACCCGGCCAUCUCCGCCAGUCCUGCCAGUGCACCGGCCGCCGCCAAACGUCAGGGCGGCAAGUUGCGGUCGUGGUGCCGUCUUCUGGGCGUCGACCCUUUCAUCGAGACCAUUGCCGGCCGUGGCGCUGCGACCGGCAAGAACCGCCGCAAGAAGAAGAAUCCCUACAGCCGCGGCUGUCUCCUCAACUGCAAGGACUUUUGGUUCGACCCCGCGCCUAUUUUUGGCCAGCGCGACAAUGGCACGGCGCUGCUUGGCGGCGACAAGGUCGACUACACGGAAAUGUACGAGAGCCCGACCCUGAUGCAGCUCACGGGUAUGCGAGCUAGAGGCGGCUAUGAGGCUGUGGCCGGAGAGGAUGAAGUCUAG